CCGAAUCGUAGCCUCACUCAGCUCCUCUAACCUUCUCUCCGCCACAACCAUAUUCUCUGGCACGGUGUUGCCGAUGAUAUCUCUCCCUCGCACCUUCGAUAGGAGUAUUAUACCUUGAAGCGACGUGCUCCGCGACAGCUGCACGUAUAAGCUAUACGGGUAGCAUUGGCUCGGGACCGCUUGCCCACAGACCUGCACCGUCCUCGUCCCACGCCGUUCCGCCAUUUGUCACGUGGGCGUGACGUGUGUUCAAGUCUUCUAGUUAUCUCCCUGCCUCGUUUAUAGUUCAGCGCCUCGGUAUGGCGCCAAAGAGGAAGUUCCCAGGAAUCGCAGCCGAGUGCAAGCGGGUAUGGUCCGUAAAACAGCCGAGCUCGCAAGCUGGUUCCUACAAGCAACGGCAAGAAGCUCGAAAGCAACGGAAGAAAUACAAGCUUGAACGCAUCAAGGGCUUCACGAAGGAUGAUCUUGACCAUCGACGCGAUAUAUAUUACUGCAUGAAGGAUCAUCCUGGAAGAUAUUGUCGCGAAUGCAACCCCCGUGCCGAGGAUGGGGACGAGGAGGGCACAGAAGAUUAUAGCGACGAGAAAGCCGAACUAUCUGAGUCUUGGAGUGAUGGUACGGAAUCUUCUGAUGGUGGUCGUUCAGCCACAUACUCCGAGCUCUUGGACGAGAGAGAGGAGGUGGCUGAAGCAACUAAGUACAUCGAGGAUAAGGUUGCGGUCGUAGACGCGGUUGCCGCAAAUUUGCAGGCGGCGAUUGAUAAUUCAAAACCAGUAGCAAUUCCUGUUGGCGACUUGCAGGGUGAAUGGACACUAUACAAUUCAGACAUAUGUCCAAAGACCUUGGGGCCAACUUGCGAGUAUUAUCGAUUGUGGGUAUCACCAUCCGCUACUGAAGGGAAUCUACUCGACCGAAGACAACUACCCCAAGAAGCAUCCGAGCCAUUCAUCGAUUGGAUGAUCAAAGAGACUGGUGGGGAUAUUAAACCAUUUCUGCUCCCCCAGUACGUAUCCCGCGAGCGCAUCCCGAUCCUACUAGUACGACAUGGCGAAGACGACGUUCCUGCGGAUAUCACAUUCUUAGGCGACGACUGCCUGCGGCUGAGAGUCCCGAGAUCAAUCAUCUUCCCGGCUGAAUUUAGACGUACUGUUGGACAUGAGCUAAUGAUUGAAUUUGCCGGCAUACGUUGGACGGAGGCUGAUUUAGCAGUAAGAAAGGCACGACUUGAGGACGGCGAGAGACAGAGAAGGGCAAGGAGCCCAGGCACUCCAAGCAUGGGAGCGCAGCUAGGGGGAUAUGCCGAAUGGUAGCCUAUCGCGAUCCCACACGAUCUGACCAAAAUCUUCCCGAUUCGCGUCCUAGCACUUGUGACUUCGGCAAGGCUCUAGGUACAAGCCCCCCUGGUGUAGUAAUCUAACGCUUGACCAUUACGCAGCCGGGCGCAGAUCAAGAGGGCUAUCAGCCUUUUGCUUGGAAGGAAGUCUAUGCUGUAAUGCAGUGCCCAGGUCCGCCCUGCAACAAAGACCCUUAUUGCUGGCGUGAUCCAGUUGGAAAGAAGCACUAUAAGCUGCGAACGCAACACAUGAAGGUUCUUGUACGGUUUUCUGAGCAGGGGAAUACCUUGCAGAGCCAAGGUGAUGUUCCAAAGCAUAUAAGGGAGCAGCUUCAUGUUGAAG